AUGGCGUGCGUGUGUAUAUAUAUAGCUGAAUACUUCCCUCCCUGGAAUGGUCGUCUCGGUUGUUUUGUCUUGUUGGUAUUCACUAUAACGUUGGUUUACGCCCAAGUUGGAGGCUAUACAAGACUGUUUUUAAACUUGACGGCAGCUGGCACUGAUACAAUGCCGGGCAUCAAAUCACCACUAGCACUUCUCGCACUGCUUGGGGUCCAGCAAGCAUUAGCCGUGGACGGUUCAUGGCAUGCUCCCAAUGCUACCGACAUCAACAACCUUGGCAAGGUCUUGAAUAGCAACGGAGUUUAUGGCUUCAUCUUCGAUUCCUCUCAAACACCAGACAAGGAAUAUGGCAAAUACAAUUGGUGUAAUAUGCCACACGUCCGCCCCAGAGAAUACCCAAAAGCCCCAAAGAAAUACAAGUUGCAAUAUGUAGAAGUUGUAUGUCUCCAGGAAAGCAUAUUAACGUUGAUGGUAGCUAAAAUAGUUCAUAGAUACACCGACACCAUAAGCGUACUCCUUAUCAAUCCAAUACAUUCCCUCAAGAAUCUUACCGCUGGGACUGUGACGACGAAGGCUUGUUUUACUACGGUGAACCAAAGCAGGGCCGAAACAGUGCCAAAUCCUAUUGGAAGGGUUAUCAGAACCCAAUAA